AUGUCCUCGAACAACAGCGUCAUUGAAAGUGCCACCACUGCGAAUGCCGCCGCUACGGCAGCUGGGGACACUCUAAACCCCGACUGGAUCCAUUAUGGCCUCACCGGGAUGCAGAUCCUCACCAUCUUCUCCGUGAUCAUGGGCUGCAGCGUGGCCCUAUACCUGGCCUUCCACCUGCUUCGCGUGCACUACACUCGGCGGACCUGGGUGAAAAAACCCCCCGUGGCCCAGGGGCCAGGACUCAUCCCCUAUGAGCUCGCCGAGAUCCGCAUCCCCGGGCCAUUCAUCGUUCAGGAGAUUCCCCCGCCGCCUCCCCUGGCCUACUAUAGGCCUCACAAAUGCCGCUGCUGA